AUGCGCGAGUUGCUGCAGCAAAACGAGAAGAUAGUGUUGGCGCUACGAGACAUGAGUUUGAGCCCAGACGUCCUCGAAUCUCAAUUGGGUGACCACGAGCUGCGAGGGUUUUAUCAGAAGCUAAUUGACUUCUUACAGUCAAAGAAAAAAGACACAGGUGAUAGUGCGAGCUCUCCUAGCCACACGACAAAUGAUCAGCUCAGCGAUCUCUGGAUGAGCAAGUACUCGCUGCUGCUUCACUUGAAAAUGGCGCGUUGUGGAUGCGACUUGUGGAUGAAGCAAGAUGGCUCUGCUGGAGCCAGUGACGAAGAUGCCGAGAUGCUGAUAUUACUUUCGAGCGUUCACUUUGGGCCGUCACUGAUGAUCGCCAUGAACUAA